CACGUAACAUACCUCAGCAAUGAUACAACAUCACCUAAUGAUAUGUACAAGAACAGUAUGGUUCCAAUGACGGACAACAGUCAGCACAAUCACGCUACCUCAAAAUCAGCGAGCGCAGUCUCGGACAGCACCACUUGGCAGCGGGAAGGGAACCUUCACACGCCGUCCAGGGAUCAAUGUUCUCUUGGUGGAAGCUGAAUGACUGCGUCAAGUAUGGACACCGUGGAGAAUUCAAGUUGCUGGUAUCUUUCAAUGGGGCCAAUGUGGGGCGGUUUCUCGCUGAAGGACGUUUCUUCACAACGACAUUAGAAGUUUUUUUUUUUUUAUUUUGGAGUCAGUGUCAGUGGCGAUCCAUACUUCUGGAAUCUGGGAUUGACCUCCGUCCUCCAGAAGUGUGGUAUGAGGUUAUGCCAUGUUAUGCUGUGCUAUGCUAUGUUACGUUGCGCUAUGGUAUCCUACUUUGUUCAGUUACAUCACGUUAACACUUCAACAUGUCUAAACAGGAAGUACAACUUCUUUUUUCAGCAGCUAUUGUUCACUUCCUGCAUUUAACAUGUUUCACCAAUUUUCUAAGGUGAAUGAAAAGAAUGAAAAUGUCCAAUUUUUGAGCUUGUUAACAGAUGGUUACAUUGGUUCUUGCCACAAUGUUUCUUAAGAUGGGCUUAUGGAACGUUGAAACGCUAAACCAAGCAGGAAAGUAAGACAACGUCUCAGUAGAGAUGGACAGAAUGAACAUCCAUUGUCUCUGUCCGUGCAAUUUCAUCAAGGACAACAAACGCAUACUCUUUUCAGAAGGGACUAAGAUGGCCUCUCAAUGUUCGCUUUUCAACUCUUUCGUCGUGUCCUGGAUAAACAACAAAUACUCAGUCAAAAUUUUGUUUCUACAUUGUCCGCAUCAUCAACACAUACGCUCCAACGGUUGAACGAGAUCUAAUUUUAAGGGAGACUUUAACGCCAAGAGAUCCCUACAAGUCAACAGAUCUCGUUAGUGACUUAUUUCACCACAAACGAAAAGGCUAGCAUACGUAAAUAUGGUAGGCGUCCAACCUUCAGUCCUUUUGUGGAUUCAUCAAGACAGCCAAUACUAACUUUCCUCUGCAGAACCCACAUGGUAUUAUUACUAUUAUUCUUUCCUUACUGCAGUAGCAUCUGCAGAUAUUACAAUAUUCAUUCAUUCAUUCAUUUUCUACCGCUUUUCCUCACGAGGGUCGCGGGGGGUGCUGGAGCCUAUCCCAGCUGUCUUCGGGCGAGAGGCGGGGUCCACCCUGGACUGGUGGCCAGCCAAUCACAGGGCACAUAUAGACAAACAACCAUUCACACUCACAUUCAUACCUAUGGACAAUUUGGAGUGGCUAAUUAACCUAGCAUGUUUUUGGAAUGUGGGAGGAAACAGGAGUACCCGGAGAAAACCCACGCAUGCAUGGGGAGAACGUGUAAUUGGUGGAAUUGAACUCGGGUGUCCUAGCUGCGAGGUCUGCGUGCUAACCACUAGUCCACCGUGCAGCCUCAUAUUAAUAUUAUUCAUUCAUUCAUUUUCUACCGCUAAUCCUCAUGAGGGUCGCGGGGGUGCUGGAGCCUAUCCCAGCUGUCUUGGGCGAGAGGCGGGGUACACCCUGGACUGGUGGCCAGCCAAUCACAGGGCACAUAUAGACAAACCACCAUUCACACUCACAUUCAUACCUAUGGACAAUUUGGAGUGGCUAAUUAACCUAGCAUGUUUUUUGGAAUGUGGGAGGAAACCGGAGUACCUGGAGAAAACCCACACAUGCACGGGGAGAACAUGCAAACUCCACACAGAGAUGGCCGAGGGUGGAAUUGAACCCGGGUGAUAUUACAAUAUGAAGAACACAAUUUCUUUAUUGAGCAAAGUAGUCGGUAGCCUAGUGCAAACUAAAUGCAAAAGUACAUUUUCCUACUUUUUACUAAAAGUAAAAAUUGAAUUGUUUGUAAACAAUAUAAGAAUACAUGAAUAUCUACACGAUGGACCCGAUACCGACACUACCGGUGGUAUCGACACCAUCGGUAUCUGUCUCGAUCAGAUUAUUUACCAUCAAGUUGAGCUGCGUCUCACCGCGGGAAGACAUCUCGUGGUCGGACUGUCGCGAUAUCUGGUUAGGAUCCGGGGGGCCUGGAGGGAGAUUCUAUCUUUAAUGGACCAAGUACAACUCUGGAAGGGUUUCGGUGCGUUGACUUUUCUUCAUGGCUACAUUUCCAUGCCGGGUUUCGCCCCCACGUCGGGGUUCUGGUAAAACCACACUCAGGUGCUGAUCCUGAUCGUUUGAGAUGUGGACCACCGUGGACCGGGGCUGGUGGGUCUGCUCCUUGUCCGUGAUGCUGACGCUGGCCAGCGGGGCGCCAAGUGCCGACGAGCCUAGCAACAUGUCAUUUGUCAAAGCCACCGUGGACAAGCUGCUGAAAGGAUACGACAUCCGUCUGAGGCCUGAUUUUGGAGGUGCCCCGGUAGAUGUGGGCAUGCGUAUCGACAUCGCCAGUAUCGACAUGGUGUCUGAAGUCAACAUGGACUACACCAUCACCAUGUACUUUCAACAGUCCUGGCGAGACAAGCGUCUCUCCUACACUGGCAUUCCUCUCAACCUAACACUGGACAACCGCGUGGCUGACCAGCUGUGGGUUCCUGACACGUACUUUAUUAACGAUAAGAAGUCCUUUGUCCACGGGGUGACGGUGAAGAACCGGAUGAUCAGACUGCACCCUGACGGAACCGUGCUCUACGGUCUCAGAAUUACCACCACGGCGGCCUGCAUGAUGGAUUUGCGCAGAUACCCACUGGAUGAGCAGAACUGUACCCUGGAGAUUGAAAGCUAUGGCUACACCACUGAUGAUAUUGAGUUCUACUGGCAAGGAGGAAGCCAUGCAGGAUCGGUGACUGGAGUGGAGAACAUUGAGCUACCCCAGUUUUCAAUCAUAGACUACCAAACACUGUCCACCAAAGCUGUGUUUGCCACUGGCUCAUAUCCACGACUUUCGCUGAGCUUCAAGCUGAAACGAAACAUCGGAUAUUUCAUCCUGCAGACCUACAUGCCCUCCACCCUGAUCACCAUCUUGUCCUGGGUCUCCUUCUGGAUCAACUACGACGCCUCAGCUGCCAGAGUCGCUUUGGGUAUAACGACUGUACUGACCAUGACCACAAUCAAUACUCACCUGAGGGAGACGCUCCCCAAGAUUCCCUACGUCAAGGCAAUUGACAUCUACCUGAUGGGCUGCUUUGUCUUUGUUUUCCUGGCUCUGCUGGAGUACGCCUUUGUCAACUACAUUUUCUUCGGCCGAGGUCCUCACUUGCAGAAGAAGAUGGCGGAAAAGGCAGCAAAAUCCAAGAUUGACAACAAGAGCAGGCUGGAGAGCAGCAACGUGCAGGUUGAUGCUCACGGAAACAUCCUUCUGACAAACCUGACGGGUGAGAUUGGCGGAGGUGACAUAAUUGGCGCCCUGAACGACCCCCGGGCCACCAUGUUCUCUUACGACAGCGCCAGCAUACAAUAUCGCAAGCCCAUGGCCGGCCGAAACCUGUACGGCCGGCCGGCCCUGGACAGGCCAGUGGGCCACAGGGGCCACAGGGGCCAACUGCGGAGGAGGGCCUCGCAGCUCAAAGUCAAGAUCCCUGAUCUCAUGGAUGUCAAUGCCAUAGACAAAUGGUCACGGGUGGUUUUUCCAAUCACAUUUACCUUUUUUAACCUGGUCUAUUGGCUUUACUACGUCCAGUAAGUCCGCCUUUGGACGUCUAUUGGGCAGCUAUGACCUUCUAUGAUUAUACAUUUAUUAUGUAAAUACAAUGAAUUAUACAGUAUGUAUGUAUAUAAUGUAUAUACAUGUUCAUUUAUGAAUAAUUAUGGCUCUGUACACCCAACCAAAAGAUAAAUAUUAUAGUAAGGAAAUUAUGUACAAAUGGGCGGAGCUGCAAACUUGUUUUUUGUCAUCUCUCUUAGUGCAUGUUCACAGAAGACAGCCUUUAAUAGUAUUAUUAUUAUUAUUAUUAUUGAUCCAAAUGCUCCUACAUGCUAAUCAGAUUUGCUCUGCCUGGGAAAAGUGUAAGCUACACCUUCCCUGGCGUAUGGAGUAUUAUUUGGAGCGGCUGGAUCAGAGCAGGAGGGGAUAGAAAAGAAAAAAAAAUUCAAAGAGGACUAUGUCAGCAAAUGUCAAUGAUGGUUAUAAAGGUAUUUUUAAUACGGUGUAUAAAUAUAUUUAUUUUCCAAAAGAAAUAUACAGAUUUUUUUUUUCCUUUCUUGGUUUUGCUUCAAAACCUGUUAUGUAUAUCUAUAUUAAUAUUAGAAAAUGUUACCAUUACUCCAAAAUAAAGAUUAAUUAAGAGCAAGCUGCAUGAAUACACGCUGCAGAAUGAAGUCUGAAUAGAAGAGGAGUUUUGCCGUGAUUUUAACAUCAUGUAAUGUCAGGUACACAUACUGGUCCUUGGGCAGGGACCUGGUAGAGUCCACAAUAAGUCUGGAACUGUUUUCCUUGUACCGUGAGAAGAGAGCUUAUCUAUUUGACCUUGGUGGUUUGUUCAGGAAUUACAGAAUAUCUACACCGUAGAUUCACAAAAAAACAAGUUGGUCUAACUCAUGCCAUGGAGGGCCGAGACACCAAAGCAGGUGAUAUUAAUGAUCAACAAAACUAAAGAUGAUUGAUGAUUUUUUUCAUAGCACAAUAUUUAUUGAAGGGGGAAUGUAUAUUGCAAACAUGUAUUAAACAUGUAUUUCUUGACAAGCAAAUACCAAGAGCCCUGACCUCUCACCCGACUGUCAGCAAGGCAACAUCUUCCCAUGAGUCUGGACACGGACAGCCACGGUAUUUAAAUGUACCUAGCUUAUUUGCUAAACUGGACCUCUAGAUGUUCAUUCCUCAGCUCGUGAGUCAGGUUCUCUCCCUUGACUGAUGUUCCACGUCGGACGUGUGAGGAGGAUCAGUGCUCUACAAUAUUUUCAGUGUUUGUCAAUUGUAGGACCACCUGUGAAGAUACAGAAACAAUCUGUUAACGUCCCAAAGUGAUCAAUAAUGGUGAUCAGUGAUGAUUUUCGUAAUGAUAAAUCCACUCCACAAGCUCAGGCUUCCACUGAUUCAGCGGGUGAGUUAUUGAGCAGGGACCCCUGCUGGAGAGGGCCAAUGUGGAAUGGAGUAUUUGCGUACCUUAUUAGCCGCCUCUAGUGAACUAAUCAGUGUAGUAAGCUCCUCUUUGUUUGUCUCCACGGUGAUGGGCUUGAAGGUCCCGUUCUCUCUUAUGUCCAGACUGAGGCUGAGCAGGGGAGUCUGAAGAGACGAGAUCUUGUCACUGGACAGCGCCAACUGGGGGCAAGAACACCAAACGGCACAUGAAAGGAGAUGUUUGAGUUCCGCAGUGGAGGUAAAAGGUGUUCGCCUUAUGUUGGUGAUGGUUUGAUGCUGAGACACAUUAGUUUGCUUUACAUUGAUUAUUG